AUGGCGCCCAAAUACACAGCUCCUACCGCCUCGGCAAAACGAAAGGCACCCUCGGGCGAUAAACGCGGCGACAGGAACCGCUCCAAAAAGGCAAAGACUGUGACCGGGCCGAAGCACCGGAAAUUCAACGACGAGGAGGAGGUUGCCUCCGACAGUGGUGGUAGCAGGUUCUCAGACUCAGGCGAUGGCGGCGCUGAGUUGAAACAGGCCAAGUUCCCCCGGGGAUCAAGCAAGCCAAACGGGAACGGUAUGCCGGUUGAACGAGCCGAAAGUUCCCGCGAGGCGCACGCGAAGCAGAAGAAGUUGGCACAGGAACGCAAGGCCGCAAAACCACUGGCAGAUGAGGUGCACCGGACCAAGAAGCUAUGGGAAAAGCUGCGGCGGAAGUCGCAUGUGCCCAAGGAGGAGCGCCAGCAGCUCGUCGACGAACUGUACAGCAUUAUCACCGGUCGCAUAAAGGACUUCGUGCUCAAGCAUGACGCCGUACGCGCUGUCCAGACGGCAAUCAAGUACUCGACCCCUGCCCAGCGGAAGCAGAUCGCGAAGGAGCUCCAGGGUACCUAUGCCCAGCUCGCCGAGAGCAGAUAUGCCAAGUUCCUAAUUGGGAAACUUCUCGUGCAGAACGAUGACGAGAUCCGCGAUCUCAUCGUUCCGGAGUUCUACGGCAAGGUGAGGAAGCUCAUCAACCACGCGGAGGCUUCGUGGAUUUUGGACGACAUCUACCGCGGAGUGGCCACGAAGGAGCAGAAAGCCCAUAUGCUACGGGAGUGGUAUGGACCUGAGUUUGCCCUCUUCAAACCGGGCAAUAGCGCGGAGAUCACUGCGGAUCUCAACAAAAUCUUCGCCGAGGAACCCAGCAAGCGUGGACCCGUCAUGAAGAAUCUCUUUGCCAUGACCAAUGGGCUUAUUCAGAAGAAGAUGACGGGAUUCACGAUGCUCCACGAUGCCAUGCUGCAGUACUUUCUCAACCUCAAGCCCGAGAGCGAGGAGCUAAAGGAAUUCGUGGAGACCGUUAAGGAUGACGAGAACGGCGACCUGCUCAAGAACAUGGCUUUCACCAAGUCCGGAGCCCGCCUGGUGUGCUUGCUCCUGGCCCACGGAGGUGCGAAGGAUCGCAAGCAGAUUCUCAAGACGUACAAGGACACAUUCCAACUCAUGUGCGGUGACCCCCACGGCCAUAUGAUCAUCCUGACUGCCUACGACGUCAUCGACGAUACUGUCUUGACUUCAAAGACCAUCUUUCCUGAAAUCCUUGGAAAGAACGAGGAGAAAGACAUUGAGAACAUCAUCUUUCUCGCCAACGAUCUCAACGCACGCAUCACGAUUUGUUACCUCUUUGAGGGGCAGUCAAAGUCGUUGUUCCCGGCUAGUCAUGCGUAUGAUUUGGAUCUCCUCGCUGAGAUUCACGAAAUUCGCAAGAAGACAAGCAAGAAAGAUGCCGACGUCCGGCGCAAGGAGUUGGUGGCAGCCGUAUCUCAGCCCUUACUAACGGCAAUUGCUGCCUCGCCAAAGGACCUCGUGGCUACGUCGUUCGGGUGCCAGUUCGUUACCGAUGUGUUGCUGUCUGCGACAGGCGACAAGUCCACUGCCCUGGAGGCAGUAGCCUCAACAGCUGCAGGAGAACCUACGCCAGCGCCAGCUGAAGACGCUGACCCUCUGUACCCUCCACCGCCACACAUAUCUCUGACGCCACACGGCGGCAAGAUGUUCAAGACGCUCAUUGCUGGUGGCAGGUUCGACAAGGCCUCAGGCACCGUCAAGAGGGUUGAUCCACCGCUCAACUUUGCCGACGUCCUCUAUCCGGUCAUUAAGGACCAUAUCGUGCAGUGGGCAACAGGGCCAAGCUCCUUUACUGUGCUUGGGCUACUGGAAGCUCCCGACUUCUCGGCCAAGAAAGAGUUGCUCAAACUCCUCCGCUCAAAUAAGAAGACACUUGAGUCGGCAGCAGCUGGGGAGGCGGCCAGCACUGCGGAGAAAGCAGAUGAGAAGAAGUCGAAGUCGAAAGGCAAGGGGACCCAGGCCGAGAAGGGCAAGUCUGGCGGGAACCAAGGAGCAAAGCUACUCAUCGAAAAGCUGAGAGCAUAG